AUGUGCAUCAGAGCUAUCAAGUGGCAAUCGCGACUUGAAGCUCUGGCAGGCGGAGUUUUUCUUGGUGCCGGUUUAGCGCAUUUGCUUGCAGAUUCAUUCGAAGAACUUGGAGACAAAAUCAAUUAUCCUCUUGCACCUGCCGUUGCUAUAUCUACAUUCGUUUUAUUGACUGCAGUUGAAUUAUUUUCAUACGGUGAACAUGAUGAAGAAUUUCAGAUAGGAGAAGGUCACCACCAUCAUCAACAUUUCCAUGAUAAAAAUGUUCCUCCAAGUUCACUUGAAGAUAAUCUUUUAGUUUCAAAUCCAAUCGAAGAGAAAGUCCCAGAAAUGUUUGGUGAAACGAACUCAAAUCUUACAGUCCCAAUGAUCUCACUUUACAUCAUUAUGGACAUUCAUUCUGUUAUUGAAGGCCUCGCAUUAGGAAUCAUGAAAACAAUGGAUGGUGUCAUUGCCAUCUUUUGCCCAAUUGUUGGUCACAAGCCAGUCGAAGCAUUUGCGCUAUCUUUGAUCAUUUUGAAAGAUAGACCAAAGAAAUGGCUAUUUUGGUUCUUUGUUAUUGUUUAUACAUUAAUGACUCCGGCAGGAUUAAUCACAGGUAUCAUUAUUACAAAACUUGUAGAAAAUCAAAUCGUUAUGGGCGUUAUCGCUGCGUUUUCCGCUGGAACUUUCUUAUUCGUUGGCUGCCACGAAUGGGCUGAGAUGUUUGAGCACAAGACAGAAUGGAACUGUGCUGAAAAGACAUGGCAUUUCAUGAUGUUCUUAAUCGGAGUUUUAUGUAUGCUUUCGAUUGCCAUUGUUGAAACUCUCAAUCCAGAAGAUAAAUAA